CUAGCGGGAAGCUGAGUCUGAGCACACACCAUUAUUAGUUCUACUGCUGCUGCAGAGAUGCAAAACAUCAAAUUUCACCGAUGUAAAACUCCUGAAAAGAAGCAACGGCAACACAGGUGAAGACAGGAAAUCUUUAAAAACGUUGGGAUCUAAACUGAAGGGGGACAUGGCUGAUCUUGUGCCAGGAUUACUCAUUUGUCUGAUGGCAGUACAGACCAGUCAGCAUGAAGGAAAUUCCACCAAGAACAAAACCAAUACUCAACCUGGUGUGAUACCAAAAACCUUCAAGGGGUUAAUCUACAAACCCAAUCACACAAACCAGCUGCCAGCCCUGCUCCAUCCCAGCACAGACCCUCCCCUGUACGUGAACCCAGAGGACCCAGUGACAGCCUACACCACGGGGGUCCUGAGCACCUGGGUCAUACCUUCAUCAUACAUCUUAGCCAUGCUGGUGGGAAUCCCCUCCAACGCCUACAUCCUGGCCUUCCUGAGACUCAGACUGAGGGCAAAAUCCUUGGCCACAGUAAUACUGUACCUGAACCUGGCUUUGACUGACCUGCUGCUCCUGCUUUCUCUUGCACUGCGUGUUCAUUACCACUUAAAUGGAAACAACUGGAUAUUUGGGGAAAUUUCCUGCCGGCUUAUUACAGCUUUGUUCUAUGGGAAUGUGUACUGUUCAGCUCAGACUAUAGCGUGCAUCAGUCUGAAACGCUACCUGGCUGUAGUGAAACCAUUUCUGUACAGAAGGCUGGCUAAGACUAGGCUGGCACUGUGGGCUUGUUUGAUUGUAUGGUUCCUGUUUGGAGUUGCUAUUAUACCUGAGCUCCUUGUGAGGCAGAGCUACCAGAUUACCCAGCUAGGAAUCACCACUUGUCAUGAUGUACUUCCACUAGAAGAAAAAUCUCAUUCCCCACUGGUGCCAUAUAGGCUCAUGCUAGUUAGUCUGGGCUUCAUAAUGCCUCUACUGAUUUGUAUCUAUGCCCAUACGGCAGUUGCUUACCACCUUGGACAAAGUGCUUGUGACUGGAGACCAUUUAUCAAGGUCAGCACUCUGGUCUUUAUCAUCUUUGUGGUGUGUUUCUUGCCCAGCGGCAUCCUGCACAUCGCCCACUACAUCCGCCUGUUCACUAGCGGGGACGACAGACUCUAUGGAUAUUACAGAGUAGCAGUGUGCCUCUGCUGCUUCCACAGUUGUCUGGAUCCCUUCCUGUGUAUCCUCAUUUCCAAAACGGCAACCUCAGAACUACAAUUCAUUUCCCUCCGUGGGAUACCUCAGAGACCAGCAGUUAUGACGUGACACUGGACACAUGUACACAAAAAAAGCCACUCCUUGCUAGACUAUUGUUGGGACACAGCAGGGAGGCAUGAGAAAUAAAGAUGUGAAACUUAGGACUGGACACUGUGAAUUUAGCAGGGUAAUAGAGCAAACUAUGUCAAGUCCAAAACAAUAACAAUCUUUGUGACUCAAAUGAGUCUGUGUACUGUAUCAGAAAAGGCACAUGCAAAUUGUGCAAUUCUAUACAAGCUCAUUAUGUAUACCCAGCAAAUUCACAGACUGAGGCAUGACAGCCAUGAGAAUUUUUUGCAUAUUUUGCACAAGCACAUGUUUUUCACACAUAUUCCAAAUAAACAACAAUUGUCAAAAUA